CGCAACGUUGAGUGUCUGAGACAUAGAGUGAGUGAGUGCGAGAGUUUGUUGGAAGGAGACGAGGGUUUUUAUUUUAUUUUAUUUUAUUUUUCUUUGGUUUUUCAGAAAUAUAAGGAUUUGAUUUGGUUGGGAAUUUCUAAUUCUGGAAAAAAAGAAGAAGAAAUAUUUAGAUUCUCAGAGAUCUAAAGAAUUUGAUCGGUUUUUUUUUUUUUUUCUUGCAUCAUCAUAAUCAUCACUAUUUGAUUUUUGAUUUCAAGAUGAUCGGCAGGAAAUCAUUUUCUCCAUCUCUCUUAUUUUCUUCUUAAAAAAAAAAUGGAGCUUGAUUAUUAAUUUUUAGCUUUCUUUGCUCUUCUUCUUUUUUUUUUUUUAAUUUUUUUUUUCAGUUUUUAUUUCUUUCCACAUUUCGUUGCAGAUCUAAACCUGAAAUGGUUGGAAAAAAAUGAAAGAGUGAUUUUUUUUUUUUUUUUUGGGUUUAGGUGUAUUUGCUGAAAAAGUUGUUUGGAUCUAAAAUCUUAUUUGUCGAGGAAAUUUUCUUAUUUUGUUCCGAAGAUCGUGGAUGAUUUGUUGUUAUUCAAAGAAGGCUAUUUGUCAAAACUGAAAUUCUGGGUUUAGAUCUUCGCCAGUUGUUUGAGGAGCAAGCUUGGUAGAGCUGCUUUUAUAUAUAUAUAUAAAUAUAUGUAUAUAUAAAUUUUUAGGUUUUUUUCCUUGAAAAGUUUUAUUCUUUUUGAAAGAUAUUUUCCUGGGAAAGUUAGGGUUUUUUGUUUUCUUUUUUAUUUCUUCUCUGCCGUUUGGAUGGUAAAGAAGGAUGAACUAUUUCCCAGACGAGGUAGUAGAGCAUGUGUUCGACUACGUGUCGUCGCACAGAGACCGAAACGCGUUGUCGUUGGUGUGCAAGUCGUGGUACAGGCUAGAGAGGUUUAGCAGGCAGAGAGUUUUCAUAGGGAAUUGCUACGCGAUCAGUCCCGAGAGGACGAUCGCUAGGUUUCCUGGGCUAAAGUCCCUGACUUUGAAGGGAAAGCCUCAUUUUGCGGACUUCAAUAUGGUCCCCAAUGAUUGGGGAGGCUAUGUGUAUCCAUGGAUUGAUGCUCUUGCCAAGAGUCGUGUUGGGUUGGAGGAGCUGAGAUUGAAGCGAAUGGUGGUAUCCGAUGAGAGCAUGGAGUUGCUUUCCCGGGCCUUUGUCAACUUCAAGUCCUUGGUUCUCGUUAGCUGUGAAGGGUUUACUACAGAUGGCCUUGCUGCCAUAGCUGCCAAUUGUAGGUUUCUUAGGGAGCUGGAUCUUCAAGAAAAUGAAAUAGAUGAUUAUAGUGGCCAGUGGCUUAACUGCUUUCCUGACAACUGCACAUCGCUUGUAUCCCUGAAUUUUGCAUGCCUUAAGGGAGAUGUUAACUUAGCAGCUCUAGAGAGACUCGUUGCAAGAUCUCCGAAUCUCAAAUUUUUGAGGUUGAACCGCUCUGUGCAUUUCGACGCACUCCAAAACAUAUUGACUAGAGCUCCUCAACUAGUGGACUUGGGUAUCGGGUCUUGCAUCCGAGAUCCUGAUUCUGUUGUCUUCUACAAACUAAAGGCUGCAAUUCUAAAAUGUAAAUCAAUUAAGAGCUUGUCAGGGUUUUUAGACGUCGUGCCGGAUGUUGCACAAAGGUGCCUGCCAGCUAUAUACCCUAUUUGCUCGAACCUCACAUCCUUGAACCUCAGCUAUGCACCAUGGAUUCAUGGUAAGGAGCUGAAAAAGUUAAUCCGACACUGUGCAAAACUUAAGCGCUUAUGGAUACUGGAUUGUAUUGGAGAUAAAGGACUUGCAGUUGUAGCGUCUACUUGUAAAGAAUUGCAGGAGUUGAGAGUUUUCCUAUCUGAUCCUGGUUAUGCUGCUGUAACAGAAGAAGGCCUUGUUGCUAUAUCAUUUGGUUGCCCAAAGCUCAAUUCCUUGCUAUAUUUUUGCCAGCAGAUGACCAAUGCUGCGCUCAUUACUGUGGCCAAGAAUUGCCCUAAUUUUAUCCGCUUCAGGUUAUGCACCCUUGACCCUGUAAUACCUGACCCUGUGACAGGACAGCCAUUGGAUGAAGGUUUUGGUGCAAUUGUUCAGGCAUGCAAAAACCUUAGGCGGUUGUCACUCUCUGGCCUUUUGACAGACCAGGUGUUCCUCUACAUUGGAAUGUAUGCGGAGCAGCUCGAGAUGCUUUCUAUUGCAUUUGCUGGGGACAGUGACAAGGGAAUGCUAUAUGUCUUGAAUGGAUGCAAGAAGCUUCGUAAGCUUGAGAUCAGGGACAGCCCCUUUGGUAAUGGGGCACUUCUAAACGACGUGGGAAAGUAUGAAACAAUGCGAUCCCUUUGGAUGUCGUCCUGUGAAGUUACCCUCGGAGGCUGCAAGAGAGUUGCAAAGAUGAAGCCAAUGCUAAAUGUGGAGAUAAUAAAUGACCAUGAUCAGACAGAAAGUUGCCCUGACGAUGAGCAGAAAGUAGAGAAGAUGUACCUAUAUCGGACCCUAGUAGGUCCAAGGAAUGAUGCACCUGACUUUGUGUGGACUUUAGGUGCAUCGUGAUCUACUUUAGGAUUCCAAUUUUUUUUUUUUUUUUUUUUUUUUUUUUUUCUUUCUCAGGCUCUCAGCCAUCUUUAAGUAGUUUGUAACUUUGUUUAGACCAACUGCAUAAAUGGAUUUUUAGCCUAAUGGUGAGCUAGUUCUAUGCUAUUGCUAUUUAAGUUACCUAGAGAUUUGCUAUUGUAAUCUAUGUUGCUAUAAAUAGAUUUGUGGUAAUUGGCAAAUCCA